UUCUUAGGAGCAUUAUUUAAUUGGGGCCUUUAUGGUGUUCUCACAUCACAAGUCUAUAUGUACUCCUACUACUAUCCCAAGGAUAGGGUUCAAACGAAGGCAAUGGUAUACGGCCUUUACAUCUGGGAAAUGGUUCAGACAAUUCUAUUCACGAUCGAUGCAUACAACCUGUACGCGUCUGGGUGGGGUGACCCUGAUAAAUUAUUGAGCUUGGGUAUGGUCUGGUUUAGUUCUACGAUCAUGAGCGGCAUCGCCGAUGGUGUCGUCCAGCUGUUCUAUGCCUGGCGCAUUUUCAAACUGACCCAGUCC